CUGACAGAAUAACAGCUUGGAAUUCAUUUAGGGAGAAACAAAAAGCGGUAAGUCGCAGCCUAAAUACAGCUAGCUGGAAAGUUAGCAAAAAACAAAGCAAGUCAAAUAUUACAACUAUUUGAAAUCAAAUUAAAAGCGUUUUGCUCAAGGUGGGUAAACAAUACCACUGCUGCUAAUUGCCAUUGAUUUUCUAGCCCCCCAAGAUUUAAGUGCAGAGAUUUACAACUUAAUUUAUUACGCUGUGUGGCUGUCAUUCUGAGCUGGUCAAUGGAAUAGCUGGAAAGCAUUCCUGCGUGUUGACUGAAGGAAAAGCUUGCAAUCUCAAUUUAGGAUGAUGAAGAGUGAGGUAAAGCAGGAUGCCAGCCUGACUGGGAACUGCACAGUGGCAGAUUACUAUCAAGUCAGUUGCAGAGUGGCUGGAAUCCUGAACCAGAGUACAUCCGCUCCUGAUGGACGGUCCAUCUCCUGUUUUCACAACGAAAGCUCCCUUCUCCCGAGGAAUGAGAACUUGGCCAAGGUGGAGAUUGCGGUGCUGGCUACUAUCUUCGUGGUGGCUAUGGCGAGCAACCUCGGUGUCCUACUUGCCAUGUACAGGAUGAGAAAGAAAAUGACCCGCAUGCACAUCUUCAUAAUGCAUCUAGGGUUCACAGACCUGGUGGUUGCCCUCUUCCAGGUGCUGCCACAGAUGAUCUGGGAGGUUACCUACAGGUUUGUUGGUCCUGAUUUCCUCUGCAGAGUCGUGAGAUACAUGCAGCUUCUUUGCAUGUUUGCAUCAACUUACAUGCUUAUUAUGAUGACAGUGGACCGUUACAUAGCUGUCUGUCACCCUCUGAAGACAAUCCAACAACCAAGCAAACAAGCCAACCUCAUGAUCGCAGUCACCUGGCUUGUUAGCGGCGCCCUGAGCAUCCCUCAGAUGUUUAUAUUUUCCCUUAAAGAAGUGAAGGAGGGUUCGUGCGUCUUUGACUGCUGGGCUACUUUUGAGUUCGAUUGGGGUAUCCAGGCAUAUAUCACCUGGACCACCUUAUCGAUUUUUGUUAUUCCAGUGGCAAUCCUAAUUGUCUGCUACAGCUUAAUUUGCUAUGAAAUUUACAAAAACUUUCGGUGCAAGACACAGACAAGGAAGUCAAAGAAUGGACUUCAGAACAGUCAGCUAGCUGCCUCUCGGGUUAGCAGCGUGAGGUCCAUCUCCAGAGCGAAGAUCAGGACAGUCAAGAUGGCCUUUGUCAUUGUCCUCACCUACAUCGCAUGCUGGACACCUUUCUUCAGUGUCCAUAUGUGGUCUGUAUGGGAUGUCAAUGCACCAAAAGAAGAUUCGGAUGACACUGCUUUCACCAUCACCAUGCUUCUGGGUAGCCUGAGCAGCUGCUGCAACCCCUGGAUCUACAUGGCCUUUAGUGGGCACUUCAUACAAGACAUCUUCAGGUACAUUCCCUGCUGUCGGAGGUUCCAGUACAAGCUAAGGAGACAAGGCUCUAAUGGUAGUCUAAGCUGUCGAAGAAACACCCUUCUGACCAAGCUAAACCACUGAAGCACCAUCAAGGCAUGUAAUCUGACAGCGAUGCACCGUCAGAAGCUAGUGGCUCCCAGAUAAACUGACCAGACUUGGAAACUUGAUUUACACAGGACAUAACCUCACCAUCUGUAAAUGAAAAAUAGAAAACCAGCAUUGUCAAUAAGCUGUUCUUUCUUUUAGUUUGGUAUUAGUGUUUUAAUUCCAAAACAAAGUAAUACAAUCAAGAGAAAUUAAUUUGACAAUGGUCCUCCAACUGUGUAUAGCCAGUAGUUUUCAAUGAAGAAUAUGGACGUCCACGAGUCUUCGGCAUAAAGAGGCUGUUUGCAUGUGGGCCUUAUGCUCUUUCCUUUUGAAUGACCUUCUCAUCUGAAGGUACGCAUGGAAGAAACAGACCAACUCUCUUUAAAGACUGCUAUCUGUAUAUUGUGUGAAGUAAUACUUUAAGUUAAACAACUUUACAGCAAAAACUAAAUUUAUUUCUAAUCUUUGUCUUCUAACUUUAGUUUCUGUAAUUCUUAGAAAACUACUGCUAUGGAAGUAUAAUGCAAUAGUGUUAUGAACUUUAUUUUGUUUCUUGUGUAAAGUUACCAUUGGUAUAACUAAAACAAAAUAAAGUACAACAAAGUAUAUCUGCUUUUGUCAAGAUGUGGGACUAUAGAAAUGCUCCCACAGGU